GUAUAAAAAGAUUUCGGAAAAGAAUGAGAGAUCGCUUGAGGAAAUCCGAAGUCGUCGGCGAAAAGCAUGAUAUCUUAAACAGGGUGAAUGCUCUUCGGAAAUCUCUUGAACAACAAUUACAAGAAGCAACAAAAUACCACAGGGAAUGUCAGACCGAACAUCAAGAAAUGAUUGCACGCCUAAAAGCAGCCGAAAUCGAGGCAAGAAAAUCUGAAGAUGUGAACGGAUCGAAAGAGAAUUCUCAAUCAGCUCAGGACGGCUCGUCAUUAACAUCAAAGAAAUCCAUUGUUGCUUUGCGUAGAGUUUGUCGAAGUAAAGAGAAACUGUCUCGAGGCAGAAAACUUUUAGAAUUUUCGAAAAAUCUUGAACGUUGUUGCUUGUUUCCUGAUUGCCUGCAACGACCCUGCGAACCCUAUAAACCCUGUCAAGAAUGCGGAGUCAAACGAACUAUUAUUUAUAUACCCCAAGAAUUCGGCCUUGAUAACCCAUAUAAAGAGUGUCAUAAAGCACAUUAAAAGCUUUAUUGUGUUCAUUCACACUCCCAGCUCAUAU